AUGGGGUUAAAUAUGGCAAUAAAUCUGGAUGUGCACAAGCUAGUGGUGUUGGGAGAUUCCGAAUUACUCAUUCAACAAAUUCAAGGUGAAUGGAAAAUGAGAGAUAUCAAGCUCAUUCCAUACAAACAGUUCAUAGAAGACCUUAGCAAAAGGUUCAAGUCUAUCGAGUUUAGAUAUAUUCCCAGAUCCCAUAAUGAGCUGGCUGAUGCCCUGGCUACCCUAGCUUUCAUGCUCCCGUACCCAGGAAAUACGCAUCUCGACCCAUUAGAGAUACAGAUACGAGAUCAACAUGGUUAUUGCAAUAUAAUUAAUGCAGAACCAGAUAAUGAACCUUGGUACUAUGAUAUCAAACGCUUCCUAAAGUCAAAAGAAUAUCCAAUACACGCCAAUGUAGAUAAAAAAAGAACCAUAAGGAGACUUGCUAAUGGUUUCUUCUUAAAUGGGGAGAUUCUGUACAAACAAACCCCAGACUUGAACUUGUUGAGAUGUGUUAAUAUUCAGGAAGGUGAAAGAAUCAUAAAUGAGGUAUAUUCGGGGGUAUGUGGUUCGCAUAUGAAUGGCUAUGUUUUAGCGAAG